AUGGACUUGGCGGUUUGUGCAGCACUCACAGCGGCAGAGUUUCAUCUAUCACUUGUGAAUCCGAGAACGGAGAAAACUUUAUACUUCAGCCGGAUCACCGGUUUAUUUCUCUUCAGCUACUCCCUUGUCAAAUUCUAUCGUAUCUACCUAUACCCUCGUUUCUUUUCGCCCCUCAGGCACCUCCCUGGGCCUCAGGAUAACAAUGUCAUCCUCGGUCAAGAAUUGAACAAGUUGAAAAACGACAAUCCUGUCGGACUACAAUUGAGCUGGUCUCGACAAUGGCCGGAUGCCCCUUUCAUCAGAUAUCUAUCUAUAGCUGGUAGAGAGGCCUUGGUUGUGAACAGCCUAGCUGCCCACAAAGCCGUUCUGCAAACGCAUGUCUAUGACUUCGUCAAGCCGCCAUUCUUCUCGCGCUUGGUGGGAGAGAUCACGGGAGUUGGCCUCUUAUUUGCUGAAGGGGAGAACCACAAGCAUCAACGGAAGCUACUCGCAGGCCCUUUCUCCGUCCCGAGUACGAAAAAGAUCUUGCCUGUUUUCCAACGGAGUGUGGAAUCACUUUCAAAAGACUUCGAAAUGGCUCUCGGAAACAAACCUUAUGCUUCAAUCGAAGUUAUUGACACAUUGUCGAAGUCAGCCAUGGACAUUAUCUGUUUAACAGUUCUAGGUAUCGAGCUCGGCACUAUGUCUUCCAAUUUCCAAGACCUGUUCACAAGAGUACUCCAUCAAAGUCCUCUUGGGCAACUCCUUUCAGCCAUCAAUGCCUUCAUCCCUAUCCGAAGGCUAGUCCCUUUAGAAGCCAACAGGAAGUUCAUAGUGGCAAACAAGGAUUUGAGACAAAUGCUUCGCGACAUUAUUGAAAAGCGCAGGACAGACCUGAGAAAUGGGACCUUCACGAUGGAGGCGGGGGAAUCUCGUGACCUACUAACGUAUAUUCUCGAGGAAUCAGAGCUUCAGCGACAACAAACGGGCCGAGAUCCUUGGUCUUUAGAAGACAUCACUGGUCACGUAUGUCACGAGAGCACAGCCAAUGGUGUCUCAUGGGCACUCUAUGUUCUGUCAACAAAACAUGAGAUUCAAGACCUUUUGCGAGCGGAGAUCCGUGAAUUGCUUGAGAGCUUUGGCGAGCCUACAUACGAAGAUAUAAAUGGGCUGCCCUAUUUACAUAACUUUGUUCGGGAAACCUUGCGUGUUUACUCACCGUCACUCAUGAGUCCACGCCAAGCCUCCAAAGACAUAAUAAUAGAAGGGGUGCGCAUACCAAAAGGUACUCAGAUCGAUAUACAUAUGCCUCUGAUCCACCAUCACGAAAACAUAUGGGGUCCAGAUGCUUCCUUGUUUGACCCAGGGCGGUGGGAUAGGUUAUAUGGCGAUAACACAAGCCCUUAUGCUUUCCAGGCGUUUCUCCAAGGUCCGCGAAUGUGUCCAGGGAAGAAUUUCGCGAUGGUUGAGAUUAAAGUCAUGCUCAUCGAACUGGUGAGUAAAUGGAGAUUCCUUGGUAUCGAACGCUGGGGCGGUACAAAUGCGAAUCACAGAAGCGACAAAAAAGGAGAACGGCAGCUGUUGGUUAAUGGAGAGGAGGAGGUAGGAAUAGGGAUCAAGCUAGCGAACCCGGCCUUAACGUAUAGACCGGCAGGCGGCCUGUUAGUUAGAUUUGAAAGGUUGUAA